AUGGAAAAUAUUGAACCUAAUUCAGGAGUUCAUCCGGUGGAAUUAUGUGUUUAUUCAAUUCUUUCAUCGAAUUUGGACGGAAUUUACCAAACGAUAAAUCAGCUUCGAGAAUCUCAAGCACUGAUUAUUAUUCUUUUAAGAGAUAUUAAGCAAUCAUUAAAUGAAGAAAAUGAAAUACUAUAUGAUAAUGAUGAUAAUACUGUAUAUAUUGAAAACUCAAAAAGAGUGAAAAAUAUAAAGAGAAGAAUUCAUGUUUUAAAUAAAAGGUUGGUUCAAAUUCAAGAAAAGAUUAAAAAAUUACAAGGAUAA